GCCAACGCACUGGCUGGAUAUUUCCUAAAAACAAAAUACCUCAAGAUAAAUGUGAUUUCGAACACUAAUUCCAAUUUCAAAUGUUAUUUUUCGUUGCUGUGCUGUUUUAACAUGUGUUGCUCACACUGCCCAUCGCUUUUCCGCGGACUAUGUUAAAACUGCCGGUGCUAACUCCUCGCAUCGAAUUCCAUCGUAAAGGCCGCAAUAAACCGGCGAGUGUCGCUUUUGUCUCCGGCGGAAUUGAGCGCGAACAAUGAACGAGUCGGGGCUCGACGUCAGCAAUCUGUCCGACAUACUCCGCAACGUCACGCCCCUCUCCACCCCGCACGUACCCCGGCCCCCGCGUGAGAACAUCAUCGACCACAAAGUCGUCCAGUCUCUGUUCUGCGUUAUCUACACCAUUAUUUUCGUCCUUGGCAUCGUGGGCAACGUGCUCGUCUGCUACGUCGUGAUCCGGAACCGCGCCAUGCAGACCGUCACCAACCUGUUCAUCACCAACCUCGCUCUCUCCGAUAUUUUGCUCUGCAUCUUCGCCGUCCCCUUCACGCCAUUGUACUCAUUCCGCGGAUCAUGGAACUUCGGCUCCGUCUUAUGCCACAUAAUGCCUUUCGCCCAAGGGUGCAGCGUAUACAUAUCUACAUUGACACUAAUGUCUAUUGCUAUUGAUAGGUUCUUUGUAAUUAUUUACCCUUUCAAGCCGAGAAUGAAAGUCGAAACCUGCAUCUCGGUCAUAAUCAUGAUAUGGACAUUCGCCAUAACGGUGACCACGCCGUACGCGAUAUUCAUGACGUAUUACGAUCUGCCGUACGGAAAGUACUGCGAAGAGACGUGGCCUUCCGAAAAACUAAGACGAUUAUUUGGCUCGGCGACGUCGAUACUACAGUUCGUUCUGCCUUUCAUCGUCAUAGCCGUGUGCUACACGUGCGUGAGCUUCAAGCUGAACGACCGAGCGAAGGCUAAGGCCGCCAGCAACAAGAACUCCAGGAAGGAAGAGCUGGACAAGAACAGGAAGCGGCGCACCAACCAGAUGCUGAUCGCCAUGGUCACCAUAUUCGGCUUCUCCUGGCUGCCGCUCAACCUGAUCAACUUGUGCAACGACUACUACAUCUACGCGAUCCACCUCGAGUACUACUUCCUGAUCUUCUUCUGCUCGCACGUGGUGGCGAUGUCUUCCACGUGCUACAAUCCGUUCAUCUACGCGUGGAUGAACGAGAACUUCCGCAAGGAGUUCAAGCAGCUGAUCCCGUGUAUAGACACGGCGCAGGCGCGGGGCAUCCCACUGGACCAGCUGGGGCCGGGGCAGGAGAAGACGUUGAACGGGAAUACAGCAACUGACAGCACGUAUUUGGGGUCUAGUUCGGCACAGCGCGGGGCUUCCUUCCGGCACAAGCGCAAGCCGAGCGCGGCGGCGGACGUGGAGCGGAGCGGCGUGGAGCUGAACGAGGAGCUGUUGGUGGACGUGAGGCACUGCCACGUGUCCACCAGCUACAACCUGCGCCGCGAGUCCGUCAAGCUGCGCCUCAUCAACGAGGAAUCCUUCGACGCCGGCCCCACGCAGUUCUAGCGGUUAGCGUCACGGGUGCUGUGGUGGAAAAACAGGACCCAAAUGUGAGAACUUUUACUAAAAAAGCCACGAGUGUAUAUUUUUAUAAUUCCCUUUUUAUGGAUCAAGUUUACGAAACUUUUUAUGCACAACCUUAACUUUAUUGAUUAACAAGACUCCUUAAAACUACGCUUAUCUAUAUAAUAAGAAACAGAACUAUAAAUAGGUACAUGUACAAAAAAUAAGAAUUAUUUAUAUUCCAGAGGAAACUGAAUUGUUUUGAACAGAUUAAUGAAGUAAUUUCGUUAUUAUUAAACAAGCUAAGUAUCACCCAUUUCAGGUAACGAAAUGUUAUGUAAAAAAUAUAUGAGUUUACCGUUGUAAUUUACAUUUUGAGUAAUUUUUCGUAACUAUAAUAAUUUUACAGUAUACAUACUUAGAAUUGUAAAACCUAUGUUUUAACCACGAUAAGUUUCGCACAUAAUUUAGUGAAAUACCUAGUAGAUACCUUUACCUGCCUAUUUGAUGGAUCCACUAAUUAUAAUUAAUAAUGAUGAUGAAAAUGAAUGUUCUUAGCAUUAAAAUUGGAUUUCCCGAUCUCUAGAACUAGAAUUAAGACUCCAAUAGCAUGUAAGUUCUUGUAAUAUGUAUAAUAUUAAUUAUUAGAAUAACAUUUUAGGAUUCUUGUCUAGUUCAUUUAAAAUCUUAUGAAUAUUUGUACGGAUGUGAUGCACAGCACUUUAUUGAUAUUUUUAGUAGAUAAGUAGGAUCUAUAGAUUUAUAGAAUACAUUAAUAUGAAUAGACCUACCUGACGUUCCUAGUUAUACAAAUACAUAAGGUCAACAAGACACCAUGAUAAAUAAAAUAUCAGUUGAACCUUGUAUCUGUAACUUAAACUUAGACACCAAUUACAAUUAAUUUACCCAUUUCAAAUGGGGAAUCAGGGAUGCAACCUGAAUUGCACAAGCCUCAAAAGUCAGCACUUUGAAUCCGAAAACGGUUGUCAAAACAAGUUCGCGAUAUGCACACCCCUGUGCUAUUAAUUCAGAAACUGACAGUUAUAAGUACCAACUUAAUUGAUUUAUGUUUUUUUUAGAAAAUGCCAAUGAACCAUGACUGUACUAAACGUAGUAAUUCGGCCGACUAACCCCCUUAUUCAUAAAAAACUUAGUGGACGCUUUAGCUAUUGCGUUGUUUUGUCACUCUCUGUCAAAGAACGAAUUGUUCUCUGUCAGAGAGUGACAGAACAGUUCAAUAGCUAAAGCGUCCAGUAACUUUUUUUAUGGACGAGGGGGUAAGACUAUUGUGGUAA